AUGGUAGCCGCAAUGUGCCGCCGUCGUUCUCAGCUGUUGUCGUCCAGGAAACUUAGCUUACAUCAGAUGGGAGCUCUGCACGAGGGCCACCUCUCGCUCGUGCGCACUUCGCUGAAGCGCCACCCAUUGACGGUCAUGUCGCUGUUCGUGAACCCGAUGCAGUUCGCGCCGCACGAGGACUUGAACGCCUACCCUCGGACAAUGGACCGUGACAUCGAGCUGCUGAAGGGUCUCCUGCCGGGAGGACCGCGGGCACCAAUCUCGGGUCUGGGAAUCAGCGAGAACGACGGGUGGCGACCGAUGCCUCGCCACCUUGAGAGCCACGAGAGCCCGCUCGUCGUGUUCGCCCCGACAGUUGAUGGAAUGUACCCCCUGCGCGGGGAGCUGCAGAACAUGCAGCAGCAGAAGGGUGCUGUCGUCCAGCUCAGGGGAUGGGGAGAGGUCAUGGAGGGAGCUUCCAGGCCCCGCGAGGGCGGGCAGACUAGGUCGCAGUACCAGCUAAGACACCCCGCGCUUGAGCUAACGACAGCGCAAUUCUUCACCGGCGUCGCGACAGUCUGCACCAAGCUCUUCAACGCCGUGGAGCCCGACCACGCCUACUUCGGCCAGAAGGACAUCCAGCAGGCCCUGAUCCUGAAGACGCUCCAGACCGACCUGCUCUCCGCUCACCCGCUCCCGGAGAACCUGCACAUCCUCCCGACGGCCCGUGACCCGGCAACCGGACUCGCGCUUUCGUCUCGCAACGCCUACCUCUCGGCUGAGGAGAUGGAGGUUGCGCCGACGCUGCACGCCGCUCUUCAGGCGGCUCGUAACGCCUGGGUCUCGGGUGCCAGCGGAGCGGCCAUGGUCGAGGCGGCCAACAGGCACGUGCAGGACAUCAAGCUCGCCAACCCCGAUGCGGAGCUGAGGCUCGACUACGUCGAGGUCUUUGACCCGGACACGUUUGAGCCGAUCCGCGGCGAACCCCAGCCUGGCCAGAAGCUCGUCGUCGCCGGCGCGCUCUGGGUCGGCCGUACGCGGUUGAUCGACAACAUCCUGCUGGGCUGGGACGCGGACCCGGUCGCCGCUUGA